AUGGCAUCUAACACGCCUCAACACGAGCUGGCCAAGCACAUUGCUGCCGGCAGCAGUAGCGGGAGUCCUGGGUCGCUAUUUUCGCACAUUACCGAUAAUCCCUUCUUUACCGCCGGCUUCGGUCUCGCAGCGCUUGGGGUUGCGGCGCGUACUGGCCAAAAGGGACUCCAACAUGGCGCCGCAUUCGUGCGCCGCCGCAUGCUUGUUGAUCUCGAAAUAACUCGCCAUGACGACGCUUACCCGUGGGUCCUCCAAUGGAUGACGAACUACCAUAGGGCACAACAAGCUGGGACCCGUCCGCUCGUACAGAACGGCGUACUUUCGAAAGUCCUGAAUCGCAUCGACCCGCGCAUGCACCACCUUCAAGUCCAGACAUUUACGCCGCAAGAUGGGCCUUCGCACACCGCCCACUUCUCUUUUGUACCAGGACCGGGCAAGCACUUUUUGCGCUACAAGAACGCCUUUAUCCUCGUCGAUAGACAGCGAGAGCGGAACAGUCUAAACGUCAAGGAUGGUGUGCCGUUCGAGACGAUCAACCUUACCACGCUAUACUCUCAUCGCGAUGUCUUCGAAGACAUCUUCGCCGAGGCGCACCAAAUAUAUCAGCAGUCACAGGAGGGUAAGACGGUCAUAUACAACUCCAUGGGCACCAUGUGGCAGCCCUUUGGAGAUGCGAAGCGGAAACGGCCCUUGGACUCUGUCGUCCUUGAGCGUGGUGUCAAGGAGAGAAUCGUAGAAGACAUGGAGGCUUUCAUUGCGUCGCGCAAGUGGUAUCUCGACCGCGGAAUACCGUACAGGAGAGGUUAUCUGCUGUAUGGGCCUCCUGGCACAGGAAAGAGCUCUUUCAUCCAGGCUGUUGCAGGUCAUCUUGACUUCAACAUUGCCAUAUUGAACGUCAGCGAGCGAGGCCUCACAGACGAUAGAUUGAACCACCUGCUAACUAAAGUCCCACGUCGGACAGUAGUGCUGCUUGAAGACGUCGACGUUGCCUUUAUGAACAGGAAGACGCCUGGCCCAGAUGGCUUUGCCAGCGCUUCCGUCACCUUUUCAGGACUGCUGAAUGCGCUUGACGGCGUUGCCAGUGCUGAGGAGCGCAUCAUUUUUCUGACAACAAAUCACGUCGAGAGGCUCGACGAAGCCCUCAUCCGACCUGGGCGUGUGGACAUGACGGUCCGCCUCGGCGAAGCGACCGAGUAUCAGAUCGAGCAGCUCUGGGACCGAUUCUAUGCCGAGUUUGAUGCGCGCGGAGAGGCAAAACAGAGGUUCAUGAUAAAAGUCAGGCAGCUUGGGCUGAUUGAAUCGGUGAGCACUGCAGCACUGCAGGGACUGUUUCUCUACAACAAGGACGAUCCAGAGGGCGCCAUCAAUAUGGUAGAGGGUCUCACCGCUGGUCACAAAGCAGAGAGCCAUGUGGGUAUACCGGGGCACGUGGAUGUAAACGAGGUGACGUCAGGUUGA